AUGUCACAGUUUUAUCAGAUGGGCCAGUUUGGGGAGAGUUUCAAUUCGACUUUUGUUGCUUUGAUUCCUAAGGUCGAUGGGGCUGAGGAUAUUCGACAGUUUCGUCCUAUUAGUUUGUUGGGUAGUGUGUACAAGUUGUUGGCGAAAGUUUUGACUAAUAGGUUGCGGUUGCAGGUGAGGGAGGUAGUGUCGGAAUCCCAGCAUGCUUUUCUGGGUGGUCGUCAGAUUUUAGAUGCAGUUUUAGUGGCCAACGAAUGUGUGGACUCUCGGUUACAGGAUGGUCAGCCAGGUGUGAUUUGUAAGUUGAAUAUUGAGAAGGCUUACGAUAAUACGUUUUGGGGAUUACGGCAAGGGGAUCCAUUGUCCCCUUUGUUGUUUAUCCUUGUCAUGGAGGCGUUGACUCGGUUGUUGUCUCCAGCGGUGCAGGAGGGCUUGUUGGAGGGUUUUUUGGUGGCAGAUGGGGUUGGUGCAAGUCUGAAGGUCAAUUUGGCGAAGUCAGAGUUGAUUCCAGUAGGGGAGGUUGUUCAACUUCCGUCUUUAGUAGCUAUUUUGGGCUGUAAGGUGUCUCAUUUGCUGGUGUCUUAUUUGGGGCUGCCUUUGGGGGCUCUUUUUAAGACGAAGGGGGUGUGGGAUGGGGUGUUGGAACGGGUUCAGUGCCGGCUUGCAGGAUGGAAGAGGCAGUAUCUAUCGAAAGGGGGGAGGCUAACUUUGGUGAAGAGUGUGUUGGGUAGCAUUCCGACUUAUUUUAUGUCAGUGCAUGUCAUUCUUGUGUCGGUGGCUCGUCGGUUGAAAAAGUUAUAG